AUGGUGAGAGAUGCCGGUGAGGCCACACAGGAGGAGAAGAGAAGAAGGCUUACGGAGAUGGGCUUGCGGAGUGGCUUCCAUGUGCAGGUGUUGUCGGCGGCAGCUGGAGACGCAGCAGACGAGGAUACAGCAAGAGCCUUGACAACCCAACAGAUCGAUGACCACGUGACUUCACCGUCAGUCAGCGGGGGAGCGCAGGGCGACCUCACUCCUCUGUACAGUCUGAGCGAUUCUCAGCGAACAGAGCCUGGAGUUCUUCCGGAGCUUAAGAAUGUGGGAUCUGGUGUGAAACAGGAAGAGGCAGCUCCUGCAGCAGCUCCUGAGCCGAUGCAAAUGGUUGCAGCAGUGCCCGGUGCGCCCUUGGUGAAGGUCGAGGCCAUGGAAAGGGCCCUAGGACUUCUGGCCGCUGCCGCAUGCAAUUUGGCAGCGGGCAUCGUAGCACAGCAACUGACUGCAGCGCAUGAGCGAGUGCUGGAGCGAGUCGAGAAGAAACACGAGCAGGAGAAAGUCGAGGCGGAGAGGAGGCACGAGAAAGAGCUCGCCAUGGCAGUGCGACUGGCAAAAGCAGAAGCGGAGAACCAGCUUCUGAGGAGUCAGGACACCGGACUCAUGCAGACAGUGACACAGGCGGCUGAGACAGCUACAGCUGUAGAGAUAAAAGAAGAAGGGGAAGCAGAGCAACAGGACAUGGCGGACAUGCGGUUGCAGCUGUGCCGCAUCUCGCAGCACCCACCGUUCAAGGUGUUUCAGGUGAUCUGUCAUGUAGCUUAUGCGCAGGUCGAUGAUGGGCCUAACUUGCCAGUGGCCGUGGAAAAGCAAUUUGCCCAGCUACAGGGUGAGCGGAAUCUUAGAGCACCUCUUCCAGGACCGGCGUCGGAGCUCUUGGAUUUGAGAGCCUCGGAGCUACCGAACUACCUGGAGCUGAACACUUUGGAGAGCCUUGACGUCGAGGUGCCGCGCAAACCCUGGCCGAAGCUUAUCAGCUUCUCCCCUGGCGGGUCCCCGACCUCACUGGCAUCGACAACUUUCGAAAUCUUCGAUACCGCCUCGGUUCCACGUUGUCACUCUUGCGAAAGGAAGGCUUCAUGA